GCAGCGCUUCCGGGAAACUAGCCGCAGGCGCAGGCGCAGGCGCAGACGCAGACGCAGGCGCAGACGCACGCCCGGGGGUGGUGCCACAGCGUGGCGUGACUUCCGGGUGGAAACUGAGGACUUGGGUUGGUGAAGGCUGCAGGCGGGCGUUCCUGCGCUUGGCGUCUACCACCUGUGCUUGCGCCCGCUUUUUAACUCGAGUUCAUCUGGGGUCCUCUUUGGGUUUCUGCACGCGCUGGGCCCGCCGCCUCUCCGCGAGGUACAAAGAAGAGUGUUUGUCAUACAAUUGGAAAGGAAGGCAAAGAAGAUGCUUUUGCUUUAGAUUGGACAACUGAACAGAAAUUGCAAUUUUAGGAUGAAGAGGGGAAGAGGAAGAACAAGCCGGAUCAGAAGACAGAAACUCUUCAGAAGUUCCGUAUCAAGAGGAGUGAAUGAGAGCUGCAAGCCUGAAUUCAUAGAGUUUAAGAAGUGGCUGAAAGACAGGAAGUUUGAAGAUACAAACUUAAUACCUGCUUGUUUUCCAGGUACAGGAAGAGGGCUGAUGAGCAAAACAUCCCUGCAGGAGGGACAGAUGAUUAUUUCGUUGCCCGAGAGUUGCCUGCUCACCACGGACACAGUGAUUAGAAGCUACUUAGGGACGUACAUUGCUAAGUGCCAGCCUCCUCCAUCUCCUCUUCUGGCUCUGUGCACGUUUUUAGUUUCAGAAAAGCAUGCUGGGGACCAGUCUCUCUGGAAGCCUUACCUGGACAUUUUACCAAAGGCCUACACCUGCCCCGUAUGUUUGGAGCCAAAAGUGGUGAAUCUUUUUCCUGAACCUUUGAAGGCAAAGGCUGAAGAGCAGAGAGCCCGUGUGCGGGGCUUCUUUUCUUCCUCCAGAGACUUUUUCUCUUCCCUGCAGCCUCUGUUUUCUGAGGCUGUUGAGAACAUUUUUAGCUACAGUGCCCUCCUGUGGGCGUGGUGCACGGUCAACACCAGAGCUGUGUACAUGAAGCAUGGGCAGAGGAAAUGCUUUUCUCCAGAGCCGGACACCUACGCGCUCGCCCCGUACUUGGAUCUGCUGAAUCACAGCCCAGAUGUCCAGGUAAAAGCAGCAUUUAAUGAGGAAACUCGCUGUUAUGAAGUCAGAACGGCUUCAGGCUGCAGGAAACAUGAACAGGUGUUCAUCUGCUAUGGCCCCCAUGAUAACCAGCGGCUGCUCCUGGAAUACGGAUUCGUGUCCGUCCAGAAUCCUCAUGCGUGUGUUCAUGUCUCAGCAGAUCUACUUGUUAAAUAUCUGCCAUCAACAGAUAAACAAAUGAACAAGAAGAUUUCCAUUUUGAAGGAUCAUGACUUUAUAGAAAAUUUAACAUUUGGAUGGGAUGGACCAUCUUGGAGGUUACUCACAGCUCUUAAGUUGUUAUGUCUGGAGGCUGAAGAAUUUACAUGCUGGAAGAAAGUACUUCUUGGGGAAAUCAUUUCAGAUACAAAUGAGAAGAGAAGUUUGGUCAUAGCCCAGAAAAUAUGCCAUUAUUUCAUAGAGGAAACCAAUGCUAUGCUGCAAAAGGUUUCUCAUAUGAAAGAUGAAGAAGUGGCUUUGCUAAACCAACUAACUUUGGUAGAAACACUGUGGACAGAAGAGCUAAAGAUUCUGCAGGCCUCUGCUGAGAUUCUAAACAGUUUGCAAACGCCUUUUAGGUGCAUGACACAGUGAUUUGGAAAUUCUGUCCUUUGCUCAGUGCUCACCUCACAUAAUGUAGGUUUUUUCAUCUCUAUUCUGUAAUGUAAAAAGAGGUAAGUGAGAAGGAAUAGUAACCUUGCGCUUCUAGGUGUUGUCAUCUCUGCAUCAUGUCUGGAUCUAUGGCAGCCUCUUUGGGACUAUGAGGGGAGUCAUCCCAAGUCAAUACCAUAAGGAUGGCGGCGUAGAAAGAAAAAAAAGAAGAGAGAGAAAGUUCUUUAUGAGCAACGGAAUAAUCAACCCUGGAGCCUUCCACCCUUUCUCACUCUCCCUCUCACCCCAUCCCCCAUCCUAGGUCUCUUGUUAUGUGAAGUAACUCAUGUCUUUAUUACUGAUUUUAGGCAGAAAGGAAGAGGGCAGAGAGUUCUUCCUGCAUCUACUGUUGCUCAAUUGCCUGUAACCCAAAAAGCCCUAUGCUACAGUGAUAUAUUCUGGGGUACAUGUUCCGAUUCAUUUCAACUCCAUUCAACACAGUAUGACGUAUAAUGGAUGACAUUUACUUCCAAGCUGUAUAGACAUAUGUAUAUCUAAUAUAAACACCCAUCCCAUGAGUGGACUCAGAGUUUUGUUAGGUUUUCAGUUAUGUGCAGCUGAAAAUAUCUGAGAGUGAUUAUUGCAUCCUGUGCAAUAGGAAUAUUCCCUGUUUUCUUUAGUGUCUCCCACUUUCUAUGUCAUCAGGCUAAGAAAACACAGAUUGUGCCUGCAGAAAAGUAGCAUCAAAGGGACCAGACAGUCACUGGCUUCUGUGUAAAGCAGACCAAGUACAGCAUCAAGCUUACAUGGAAUAUAACUUUGCUGAGACCCUUUAGGCUGCCCUGAACAUUAAAAAAUCCUUAAAUCCUUAAGGGGUUUAUCAUUUUUGCCACUUGCAUGAAAGUGGAUAAAAAAGGGACAGAUUGGAUUUGGAGAGGCAGAGUGAGCUUGAAGUGUCACUCACAGAAUGACCAUGUAUAUUCGUCAGUGUUCCCCAGAACACCAGGCCAAUAGAAAUGGUCCCACAUUUUUGCCCCCUGGGACACAUGCCCAAUGUAAUUACCCUUCCUUAAGUGUGGAUGGGACUGCAAACACAAUGAUUAGGGUAUGUUAUGUGACAUAAGUGUGGGGGCUUUUCAGAUAUAAUUAAGGUUCCAAAUCAGUUGGCUUUGAGUUGAUCAAAAGACAGGUUAUUGUAAGUGGGUCUGAUCUAAUCAGGUGGGCCCUUAAAAGCAACUGAGCACCUGCUGAAGAGAUAGAUUUGAAGUAUGAGGGGGCCUCUGGUGAGGGCUACCUGGCAAGGGCUUGAGAGCAUCCUCUAGUAGCUAGAGUUGUCCCCAGGUGACACCUAGCAAGAAAAUGGGGACCUCAGUCAUCAAGCUCCAAGGAAGUCAAUUCUGUCCACAACUUGAAGCUGCUUGGAAGUGGAUCUUUCCCUCAAUGAGCAUCCAAAUGGCAAUGUACUGGGCUAAUAAUGCUUUCAGCCUUGUGAGACUGUCUCAGUCUGCUUGGGCUGCUAUAACAAAAAUACCGUAGACUGAGCAGCUUAACCAACAGGUGUUUAUUUCUCACUGUCGGAGACCUUGGAAGUCCAAGAUCAGCAUGCUGGUGGAUUGUGUGUCUGGUGAGAGCCCUCUUCCUGGUCUGCAGAUGACUGCAUUCUUGCUGUGUCUUCACAUGCUUGACAGAGCUCACUCUGUCAAGCAUGCUCCAGUCUCUUCAUUUUCUGAUAUGACCUCAUUCAAGGCUAAUUAGUUCCCAGAGUUUCCAGCACAUUGAUGAUUAGGGCUUCAACAUAUGAAUCUGGAGUGAUACAAACAUUUAGUGCAAACUGAGAGCAAAGAACCCAGUUAAAAUGUGCUUGAGUCCUAGCCUACAGAAACUAUGAAAUUAAUAAACUGGUA